GAAAAAAAUAAAUAUCUCCAUAUCCAAGGGCUUACGUUCUGUUUAUGUAAGGAGAAAGGGAAAGUAGACAACGUCGAGAACAGGAAAAGACUAGUUAGUUUUUCAAGAGAAAUAACAUGGAAUUGGAAGGCCAUUUUGCAACGCCAUUUCUUACCAAGACAUACGCCAUUGUUGACGAUCCCUCCACAGAGUUUGCUGUGUCAUGGAGUGCAGGAAAUAACAGUUUUCUGGUGAAGGAUCCACACCAUUUCUCUCUUCAUUUGCUGCCUCGCUACUUCAAACACUGCAACUUUUCCAGCUUCGUUAGACAGCUCAACACAUAUGGAUUUCGUAAGGUGGAUCCUGAUAAAUGGGAGUUUGCACAUGAAAGCUUUUUGCGCGGGCAAAAACAAUUGCUAAAGAGCAUUCAUAGAAGGAGGUCUCCUCCUAAAUCCCAGGGAAAUGGAGGUACAAACUCUCUUGGGUUAUUGGGCAGUGAAGUGAGUUGCAGAUAUGAUUUGGAGGGGGACUUGGAGAAUCUGAAGCAGGACGAAGAUACCAUUGUUAAGGAGAUUGUUCUGCUGAGGAAAGAUCAGGCAAACAGUGAUAGAGAGAUGGAAGAUAUGAAGAGGCGCUUAGAUUUGACAGAGCGAAUUCCUCAGCAGAUGAUGACAUUUUUCAGCACAAUAAUUGACAAUCCCAGCCUAAUUACACAGAUGCUUCAAAAGAGUGUUAAGAAGAGGAAACUGUUGCCCCAUAUGGAGCAACAUGAAAAAAAGCCCAACUUGGUUUUGGAUGCUUUUAGUACAAAUGCUUUGAGUGCGGAUGAGUUUGAAUACUCCCCACUAGAUAUGCCUCUGUUUGACUCUGAUACUAGUGCUGGACUGCUGUCUAAGGAGCUAACAGCUGCUCGUUCACUCAAAGGUCGAAAUGCAGAGAAUUGUAUUGAAAGAUCUCAGUUUGAAAUUGAUCUAGGCUUUGAAGAAGAUGAUGAGGGUUUGAGUAAUGAGGGUGACAUGUUAUGGGGGAGUUAAACUUUUCUCUGAGUAAGCCCAACUUUCCAAUUAGAACUUCCCAUCAGAAAUGCCUCUGAUUUUCAAAUCUCUGAUUCCAAGUCAAGAAGAAGAUGUGAUGGAAUUCUUUGCUUCAGUUAUAGUUAUAGAACAUUCAUAAUUUAGUAAGGCUACUCUGAACUACUCUGAAUUUUGUUUGAGUAGCUUUGCUGUCUCUUGCCAGAAAUCCAGUCUAGUCCAACCACUUUGUCACUAGUUAUUUGUGAUUGAUCUGGUAGGUGAUAUAGAUAUAGGUGGGUUUUUGAAACCUUACAGUAUGGUGAGUUUUGGAAAUGGCUAUAUAGUUUGUAGGAUGUAUUAAUAUAUAAAUUAUUAUUAGUUUAUGAUGUAUUGAUACAUCUUAAAGGCUGAAUAGCUGUUUUCGUAAAUUUUACUAGAUUACUAAGUUUUGUAUGUCCUGUGGCAGGUGGAUGUUAGUUGUUCCAAGAGAGCAAGGAUCGUUCUCUUCUGUCAAAUUGAAGAAGUAGUUUGUAUAUGAACACAACUAGUGCACAUAGUAGCAGCAGUUUGCAGUCGGGCCUGUCUCGUCUUGGAAGCAGUUUUAACAGACUUUGACAUAAUUUGGUCUUCACUUUUCUGCUCUGUUUCCCUGGUCCUAUCUUUAGGCCGACAAUGUAUAAAAAAAUAUGACCAUGGACAGCUCUUUUCUUGUUACAAAGCUCAAAGCCUUUUAUCAUUUUGCCUAUAGAUAUGGCAUAGAUAUUGUCUCUGUUACUUUGAUAGAAGUAGUGUAAUUAAAGAGUUGAUUAUAGAAAGGUAUUUGUUUUUAUUUA